GCGCCGGGCCGCUUCGACCCCCUGAACCCGAUCUGGCAGCACCCGGACACGGGCGCGCUGCUCUACGUGGGCGGCGUGGCCGCCGCGAGCUCGCGGGCGGUGCUGUCGGAGCACAGGGUCUCCAAGAUCGUCUUCUGCCAGGACGAGGGCGAGGGCAGGUGCCACUUCGAGGGGCUGCCGGGGUUCGAGUACCUGCGCUACCGCAUCGGCAGGCACCGGUCCGACCCGCGCUCCAAGUCGGAGCCGCUGGAGUACUUCAGGCCCCUCUUCGAGUUCGUGGAGCGACACCUUGGCGAGGGCAGCAACGUCCUCAUCCACUGCCUGGCUGGCGCUCACCGCGCGGGGACUGCCGGCGUGGCCUGCCUGAUGCACUUCCGGGACCUGGGCGCGGCUCGCGCGACGCAGGAGGCGCAGAGCAGACGUCCGGCGAUCAACCCCAUCGGGGGCUUCCCCGAGCUGCUGGCGAGGCUGGAGCAGGCCAGGGCCGCCAGGGCCCUUGAGCCGGCGGCGGCGGAGGCGCGCCCGGCGCAGGUGGAAGGAGGAUAG